AUGUGGCUUCUUCCCAUUGUCCUCCUUUUCCUUCAGAUGGUGCAGACAGUCGUACCAAAUGGAUGCAAGGUCAACAACGGGGACUGUGAGCAGUUCUGCACAUCUGAAGGUGAAGGAGUCGUAUGUUCCUGUGCUGCUGGCUAUGCCCUGGGCGAUGACAACAAAACCUGCGUUCCUUCAAGUUCCCGUGUGGGAGGCUUCAGAGAAAUCACGGAGCCGGUCCAGAGAAAGUCACAGCAACCACAGCAAGUCCACAUGCUCAUCCUGAAAAUGAGGAGACCACUGAGGCCCCAAGCAGCCAUCCGGAGGUCACCGGCUGUUCUACUAGCAGAUGAUUACAAUGAAUGGUUUUGUGGGGGGACAAUUCUGAAUGAGUAUUUUAUACUUUCUGCAGCUCAUUGCGUUAAAGAGUGGUCUAAAAGCUUACAUGUUCUUGUUGGGAUGGUGGACAAGGAAAAGGAAGAGCCAAGUAGAUCAAUGCACAGAGUGGAAAAAAUAAUUACACAUGAUGACUUUGAUACAGACACUUACGACAGCGACAUAGCCCUUCUCAAAUUAGAGGAACCUAUCACAUUUUCUGAGGAUGUUGUCCCAGCAUGCCUUCCAGAAGAAGACUUUGCUACGGAUGUUCUGAUGAACCAAAGAUUUGGAAUUGUCAGUGGCUUUGGGAACACGAUUGAACGUACACAGCCGGUCAAGAGAAUGAAAGUGCUUCAAAUCCCUUAUGUGAACAGGACCACUUGCAAGAACGCCCUUUAUAAACCAGUCACAAAAAACAUGUUCUGUGCUGGUUACGAUGAACACGGAAAAGAUGCCUGCCAGGGAGAUGGAGGAGGCCCCCACAUAACCCAGUACAACGGCACUUACUUUGUUACUGGGAUCAUCAGCUGGGGAGAAGGGUGCGGAAGGCCAGGGAAAUACGGAGUAUACACCAACCUCUCAAAGUUCCUACCCUGGGUAAGAAGUGUUUUGGCAGAAGACUCUCAACGGUUUAACAUUUCAUCAACCCAGUUGUCUUAG